UGGGGAUUGAUAACGAUAAAGCUGGAGGGUUUCGUUUCUGCACCCGCAUAUUCUGCUGUCUGUGGGACGGCCAUGUCGCACCAGGACAGUCGCGGCCAUCCAAGCGCAGCUCAAAGUUCGCUAUCGUGGUGGACGGUCGUCGCGUUGAUACGGCCGGCGCUAGUCCCGAGCGUACUGAUUGGUUGCUGGCGCCGAAUGGUGUGCUGGGAUUGGUUGAAAUUAUCCACGUUGACCAAUGGCAUCGUCGCAUGGUUCCGUAGCGCAGCACUCGCUGGAAUCGCUCGUCUCGACCGCCGUGACGCAACAUGGCAUGGGGAGCGAAGACGGGAGUGACGGACCUGGUCCAAAAGCUGCAAGCGGGGAACACGAAGAACAUGUACGUCCUGCGCACGCGCACCGUCAGCACAGCCGAUGCGAUUGCGCUGGCGGCGGCGCUGGCGACGCAUCCGAUCAUGGAAGAGUUUUACUUGUCUGGCCACGACUUGGACGCGGCAGGGUUGGCGGCGUUUGCGUCUGUCUUGGCCACGAAUACAGUGCUGCAAAAGCUUGCGGUGGGCACGUCUGCGUUGGGUGAUGCUGGCGUCGCGGUGUUGGCGAACGGCCUCGCGCAGAAUCCCACCAGCGCCAUCAUCGACUGGGACUUUGAGCUGAAAGGGUUCGGCAAUGCCGGCGCAGCGUCCAUCGGGGCCAUGUUGGCCGCCAAUUGCAGCAUUCGCCACGUCAACGUGUCUCGCAAUACUUUCGACGCGACUGGAUUUGACGCCAUUAUCGCCGGACUUCAUGCAUCCCCCACAUCCACCGUUCAAUCUCUCGACGUGCACGACAGCGACCUCGUCCUUGGAAGCUCGUCCGUCCUUCCCGACUACAUUCGCGACUCAAAGUGUAGUCUGCGCUCGAUUGUGCUGACUGGGAACCCUCUGGGCAAGACGGCGACGGCAUUCUUUUCCGCGCUGGGCACCAACACGUCGAUUGAAUCGCUGCACUUGUCCCAUUGCAACCUCUCCGACGAUGCACUCGCGGCGCUCGGACAUGCCUUGGCAACCAACCAACACUUGAAGCACUUGGACAUAUCGCACAGCUCGUUCUCCGCCAACAGCGUCGAUGCCUUCAGCCACGGGCUCGCCCCAAAUCGCACGCUCGAGUCGCUCGACCUGGCCACGACGGGGCUAAAUGACACGCUCGUCGACACUCUGGCGGCCGCCUUGCCUCCUCAACUCACAGCUCUGAACGUCAGCGGCAAUAGAUUGACGGCUGUUGCUGCAACGUUGCUCUUGCGAUCGACUUCUCUGACAGAACUCCGCCUCUUCCACAACGCGUUGGGAGAUGGCAUCGCCAAAGUUAUGCCCGUGCUUCAAGCGAACAAGACCGUGCAAGUUCUCGACGUCGGGGCGAACGACCUCCACGGUGACCUGGCCGUCUUGCUCUUCAACGGUCUCCACGCGCAUUCGAGUUUGAAAACUCUGGAGAUGGGCGGCAACAACUUGGGCGACUCUGGGCUGGCUGCGCUGGAAGCGCUGCAUGCUGCCAACCCGUCGCUGGACGUCGCCAUGGACAAGGCCGCGUCCAGCGAACAAGUGUAGUCAUCGACUCCCGUCGUCGGAAGAGAAGGAGGACGACCCUGUAAAGUUUCGUGGAUUGCUUAUAAAUAGGAAAAGUGAACUACACAUCGACGGCAAGCACUUGACUACGAUGCGACCAACUGCCACUGACUCAGGUGCACGUAUACGCCAACGCAGACCGCGACCGUCGCGAAGGACAUGAGCACGAGCACGACGAGCACGCCGCGGCAGAUUUCAUAGAGCACGAUCGAGAACCCUUGCUUGACGCCGUCGACGACGACCCGCAUGGCUCUGUGUUUCGGGUCGACCACCGUGCCGCUUCGGUGCAAGACAAACGCGGGGUGGACCCGUCGCAAGUAAGUCAAGACGGCGCUGCGGUCGGCGCCUCUUGUGUCGUGAUCGUCGUACCCAUCCUCUUCUUCAAUCGCGUCGAGCCACGCUUUGGUGCGCUGCUGCGUCUGCCAGUUGAAUUUUGCCGCCGACGUACACGCCUUCAUCCCACCCCCGACGAAUGCUGACAAUUGAAAAGUGACGAUAGAUCGUGGGUAGCAGCCCCACAGUGGCGCCAUCGAUGCACGUAACUUCGUCACGAUCGAGACAGCCCACCUCGACAGGGGACGUCGCAUCUAUCUCCGUCGUGAAUGGAGAUCGCGGAC